AGGGGGUCCUUGACGUGGUGAAGAUGCUCUUGAUCUAAGGAACUGGACUUUUUUGUCUACUUCUCUGGACCAAACCUAAUUCCCCACCCUACCCCCUUUCUCCAUUUAUCCCCUCUCCUCUCCUCCCUUUCCUACACUCAGCCUUUGGGGAUUUUUCCUUGGAAAUUAUAGCUCCUUGGUUGAGAAAAAAAAAUCUUUGUUCAUCCCAUUCUGUUGAGGCCCUCAGUGGUGGUGUUAUUUGCCAUGGCAUCUAGGUCUUCUAGGGAUGUGCUGAUCCAUCCACCAGAGCUCUGGAGGGCGGCUUUGGGUGUCCUCAGCAUGGUGGGUAUAUCUCUGGAGGCUACCUGUCAGUUCCGGGAGGUGGCGGCCAAAGGGAGGGGGUUAUACCUCUUGGAGGGUAUCUGACCACCCUCUUUUAUGUUUGCCGAGGUGGCUUGGUGGAUGUGAAGCUGCUAUCCUGGAGUGCUAGUUUACUGGCAUGAAGGGUAGGAUACAGAUUUUAUGCAGCAUCUGCACUACCAGCAGGGCCUCUUGGACAUGGAUGAGGAUAUAUGGUCUCUUUGUUUCUCCUUAGAGCUAUCCUCCUCCCACACCUUUCUUUUUCUUCCUUUUUUUUUUAAUGAAAAUAAAAAUAAAAACCUUGUCAUGGAGACACCCAUGAACUCCCUCCUCCCAGGUCCCUUCCUCAUAUGACCCCAGCACGUCAAUGGACCUUUCCAAGAACCCAGCACUGCAUCUGGGUAAUAUCUCUUUGCCUGACUCCAGUACUGAGGUUUCAGUUGACCCUUUCAAUAUGUCUGACCUUCACACAACCCUGACUAUGAUUCCGACUUUUCCCUACAGUGCGUCGAUUUUCGGAUUGUUCACACAUCAGAGGACAGAUCAACUCCAGUCCCCUGUUCAAGCGGCCUCAACCUGUAACCGAUGAAACUAACCCUGUUACUACUCUCUCUCGCUCUUAUUCUCAGAAACAACCUGCUCGACAAUCUCUCCCUUUACAAUCUGUAUUGCAAGACUUAACCAGCCAGUCAUUCGAUAAGGAGUACGUCCGCCGGGUGUCAAGUGCUGGGAGUAUCAACCACAUGACUCUCCUGGAACAUGAUCACUGUAGUAAAGACUCCAAUGACUCCUCCAUGGAAGAGACAGAUAUGUGUUUAUGUGCACCAGAGACAACUGGUUUCUCCAUGGGAGGAAGCAACAGGAAGAAAGGAUCUAAAAGAAGUGAACUGAUACUAAAUUCUGAUGGUGGGAAUACAGUCAUUUCAUCACAGGAACGAGUAAAAAUUUCUGCAAGUGAACCAGCUCUAGCUUGCCGAAAGAUAUCUGUACAUAACAAGCAAAUAACAUCAUCACCAUCAGAAGAGGGAAACUCAUCCGAUUCAUCUAUAAUAGAAGAUCGCUCAAGUGCUGAGUCUAGGAAAAAACAGAUUAAAAGUAGAUUUAGUAAUGGUAUUCUUGGAACCCUUAAAUUUAACAGAUGCAGAAAGCCAAAAGAGACUCAAAAAGAUUAAAAUAAAAGAUAGUGCAUGUAAAAUCUAAAUAGAAUUUCAAAUUUCAUGUCAUUAAUAUCAUCUUCCAUAUGGAGCGAGCUGACAAUCUCCUCCAUUCUGACCUGGCCAAUGCACAACUUGAGUCUGGUUUGCAGUCUUUUAUCCUUUCAUUUUGCUAGUGAUUCAAUUCAUCCCCCGUUACACUGCUACUUCACUUCUUGAGCUUAAACUCUUGAUAAAGUUUAUCUUUGUUACAUUUAAAGUUUUUUUCAUGCCUUAUUGAGCAUAAUGUUUCUUGGUGUCACUGCAACUUGAUGGCCUCACAGAAAUCAUUAAUAACUCCAUUUCAGUGUUAUGUUAAAAUUUCUUUUGUUUUAUUUAUACUGCAGGUUAUUCUCCUAGUUUUUUAUAUGUACUUUUUAAGAGCAUUGUUAUAACUAUGUACAAUACAGUAGUUAUUUCUUUAUUUUUACCUUUUAUGAAUCUGUAUAUAUAUUUGCUUGUGUAUUCUGGAAGAGGAUUGUAUAUUUGUUGUAUUUGUAUUAUAUGUUAUAUGCACAGGGAUUCUUGGUUUCUUUAAAAUUUGUUAAGUUCAUAAUAAAUUAUAAUACAUGGUUGCAUAUGUGCCAUUUUUAUGAAGUGAAAUGACCAAUCAGUUAUUGUUGUCUUCUUUUAUUGCUCCUCUUUUUUUCUAUCCUACAACUUUGAAACUGUUGACAGAUUUGUUUCUGAUAAUCUGUUCUGUUUAUACAUCAUAAGUGAAGUGUUUCUCAGGAUAUUUAAGACCCAGAUUGUCUGAUGUUGAUGUCAAACUGGCAAUUUCAUCAUAAAAAUUAUUAAGAUUCAUUUUUUUUCCUUCAAAGGCUGGUCUGUUUAUCAAGAUCUAAAAAUACAUUUUACUUCAUGAAGCUGACAAGCAGUAUUUAGAUUAGAAAAUUUAAUAGGAACUUGAAGCUUUACAAGUAUUUGCUGUUGCCAUUAUUACUUGGUAAUAAAGUAGCAACAGUGACUCUGGUUUCAUAGCAUUUUGAACUUAUUGCCAGCUCAGGUUUGGUUUAUCAGAUUUUCCUGUCCUUUGUAUCUUUAAAACUUGAUAGGAAAUUAUUUCUGAUGCUGCCUCAAUCCUUAGGAUUUAAAACUAUACCCAAGCCAGUGUUGUAUGAAUUCAGUUUUAUUUUAGUGCUCAAGGUACUUUCAUGUCACAUUUAAGUUUACCAAUUUAGUUAAGUAAUUUGCAAUGAUUUUUCCUUGAUUUCCAUAUACAGUAUUAAUAUCACAAACCUUCUUGUAUGCAUGACUCAAUGAAGCAUGGCUGUAAUCAUCUACAAACUGAUAAACUGAAGGGAAAAAUGUUUUUAAAGAUAUUUUAAACAUUUGUUCCAAGGAAUGGUAAAGUUCCUCAGUCAUAAUAACUGGAUUGGAAAUGACAAAAUUAUUUACUAGUUUUCCAUUUUUUCAAGCAACAGAAUACAUGGAAAAUUCGUAUGGAGAACAUCACAUUAUUUUAGUUCUUUCAACAAACCAGCCAUAUUUCACCUCAGCAUGGUGGCCCAAAAAGAGAAAUGAAAGUUUCUCUUUUUAACUUUAGUAAUAUAUGCAGGAGAAGGGGUUACUAGCCUCUUACAACACACAUAGCUCACGGAGGAAGAAUUCUGUUCCACUUCCCCAAAGAGUAUUUUAGUUCAUGUAUACAAAAUGACAAUGAAAGUUAUUUGGUCUCAUUUUAAGUAUUUGUUUCAAAUACCUCUGUUUUUGUUUUGUAAAUGUCUUAAUCAGCCAUGGUAACUAAUGAAAAAUAAAUUGUAAUAUGAGGAUGUUUAAAAUAAAUUAGCUUGCCUUGGUAUUCUCAUGGAAAGUUGCAUGACUUGGGGAGAUGAUUCUUUUAUAGAGAAACAACCUUAUUUACCCAUAUUCGCACAACAGUAUACUUAGUGGCCUAACAUUUAUUAAAGUAUGCUUCUUGUCAAAAAUGGUACUUAUGCUUGCUCUAACUCGCUUUUGCUCACUCUCUCUCAAUCCAUCUGCCUCCAUUUUCUUCCUCCUGUUUUUCUUCCUCCCUACUCCUUCACAUACAUGUGCACUCGUGAACAUUCAGAAACUUUAUAAUAUGCAAUGCUUUUUCUAUACACUUGCUGAAGAAAUCCUCAAUAUUUUCUGUUAUUUCUCAUGCCAAGUUUGUAGCAGUUUCUUACAACCUCAAAAUAAUGAUAUAGCAAUCAGCUUUUAUUUCUUUAGACUCAGGUUAUGUCAUAGAAUUUUAAUCGUGAAAAUUGCUGGGACUGUUUUUGAAGAUUGUAUUUUACUGUUUU